UUGAGUGAUACAAACGGAAGGAAACAUAUAGUGCUAUGGUGCAUUGCUUUAUCUUUUAUAGGGAAUAUUUUAACGUAUAUGAGUAAAUCAGUAUCAUUACUAUUUUUUGCUAGGACAUUAUGUGCAUUUGGGAGCCCAAUGCAGACUUUACUUAGGACAACUAUAACCGAUGUGAUGCCUGAUUCCGACAGCAUAAUUUCGAAUAAAAUUGGCGCUGUUUUAUCAAUAUGUUUUAUGAGUGGAGCUUUAAUAAGCGGGUUUUUAAGUGAAUACUCCUAUGGUGUUAAUUUGGUAUUUUUACUAAUAUCUAUAAAUUUGGCACUAAGUUUUCUUAUAACUAAAACAUUACCAGAGGAAAGAUCCAAACCAAAGGAUAAAAAACAGGCAACCAAUAGCAAUAGUUUGGAAAAAUUUCAAAUAAUUUUCAGAAGCAUGAAACAUUUAGAAUGGUCGCAUUAUUGGGAACUUUUUAUAAUCAAAGGAUUUUUGGAGUUUAGUUAUGGACUAAUGCAAAUAAAUAUGGGAUUAGUGUUAUUAAAUCAUUUUAAAAUAGAUGGAAGAUACUUGGGAUACAAUUUCUGCCUAAUCGGAGUUGUAUCCAUAAUUACAAAUCUAGUAUUUGUAAAAUUAAAUAACACAUAUUACAAAAAAGAUAAAGGUUAUUUAAGAAUUCUUCAUGGAUGUUCUUUGUUAGCAUUAAGUUAUUUAGGACUUGGAAUGUCUUCAGUUUACUUUAUAUUUUUAUGCUUUAUGAUCACAAUGGUUGUAUCAAGAACACUUUUGGAUUCAACAUUAUUUGAGUUACUGAACAAUACAGUUAAUGAAAGUGAAAAGGGUAGAAUAAUAAGCUUGUUUGAUGGUGUACUCUCUUUAUCGGAAUUAAUAUCACCAAUUUUUUCCAGCAUAUUAGUAACCCUCUAUGGAGAAAAAUUUACUCUUCUCUUGUGUUCCAUCCCUGCAACUGCAGGAAUUGUAAUUGCAUAUUUAAAAAAAUAUGAUAAUAUUAAAGUAAAUAGAGAAUAAGUAAAUAAUCUAAAGUUUUAGUAAACUAAAUUUGUACUUAUUGCAUUUAUAAUUUGUGGCUAAUAAAACUCAAGGUUAUUUAUUAAAUAAAUUACUUAUAUGUAACAGUCUACGACAAAAU